AUGUGGUCAUUGGGCUGCAUUGUUGUCGAGCUCUUCCUCGGUCUACCGCUGUUUCCAGGAUCUUCCGAAUACAAUCAGGUGUGCCGCAUUGUAGACAUGAUGGGCUUGCCUCCUCCCUGGAUGCUGGAGAUGGGCAAACAGUCCGGGGAGUUCUUCGAGAAGACUCACGAUGAAUUCGGAAGGAAGACGUAUCGUCUGAAGAGUCUGGAGCAGUAUUCUCGAGAACAUAACACGAAGGAACAGCCAAGCAAGAAGUAUUUCCAGGCUACAACGCUGGAAGAAAUAAUCCGGAGCUAUCCAAUGCCACGGAAAAACAUGAAACAGGCGGAAAUCGAGCGGGAAAUCAAUAACCGAACAGCUUUCAUCGAUUUCGUCCGAGGUUUACUGACCAUCAACCCGCUUGAGCGGUGGUCGCCCCAACAGGCCAAAUUGCAUCCUUUCAUUACUCAACAGAAGUUCACGGGACCCUUUGUGCCGCCGAUGAACCUGAAAUACUCGGCGCUCAGCAAACCGGUCGCCCCUGGAAUCCAGCAACAACAACAGGCGGAGGCGACAAGUAAGCAGAGGGCGGCCCAGGCGGCCCAGGCACAAACCGCGGCGCAGAAUGCGUACUCGAUGCAGAUGAAUCAGUUCCACACGCCAUCUCAUGCACAGCCGCCUCCUAUGUACAACGGCAUGUUUACCGGUCAUCAGCAAGGUGCUCCCCCACCAUAUCCAACUCAGCCUCCCGGGUACGGCCACCAGAUGAACAUGAUGCCGGGUCAAAUGCCCCAAGCUCAAUACGCGCCGUCUCAAAGUCUGUAUGCGCAGGCAACUACGAGGGCCGGUCGCCAACGUGCUUCAACAAUGGACCCACAAGGAGGAGGAAUUCCGCCUACUAUCCAGCGAGUCGCCAGUCAUUUGGACCCUAAUGCACCCAUUCGGUUGCAACCCAGUCCCGCGUAUUACCCUCCGCCUCCUGAGGGGUACGCUGACCCUAACGCUGCUAACCAGCGUCGUCGAGGAAGCCGUGCAGGUGGCACCCGUAACCGGGAUUUCAUUCGCACCCUUGAGGAUGGCGUGUUGGGGGGUGACGGCUACGCCGCGCCCAACCAAUGGCAUUGA